AUGUCGCGGGAACAUCACGAUAAUCAACCAAUUGGAACCGAUUAUACUAAUGAGGAACCGUUAGAUCAUAGAGCUUCGGUGUCGUCCGUAAAAUCCGGACAGGAAGGGCAUCAAUCGAAUUCCGCUUCAAGGGUUUCAGUCGCUAAUGUACCGAGUUCGCAUGCUCGAUCCCGCCCAACUUCCUCAAAUGUUAGCACCAGAGGAAAUUCACCACCACCAAGGUUAACGCGACGCAAAUCCUCAUUCGUGGUGUCGGAGAAUGAAACACCUGAAGAUUCUGACGAAGAUACCGAUAAUUCUAGGAGAAAGAUCAGAAGAAGGCCUACGAGAACUCGAUCCCAUAGGAAUCGCAGGCAAAGCGCUACCCCUAGUGAAAGUAUGGAUGAUAACGAACGAGAAAGCCAUCGUUCGUCUCGUCGUGAAGAGGACGAUGCAAAUCAAGAUGACAUAGUGUAUAGCGGAAGCGAUCGUGAAUUUACACUCAAAGACAGACAAGAUGUGAGUGUACUAAACUCUUCAUCAGAUUCAUGUAGAAUCAAACGAUUCAUACAAUUUAUAACAUCUGAGAAUUUUGUUAAAGGCUUGGAUUUCACUUUGCUGCACAUUGCGAUUAAUAUAACACAUCCAUUUGGUCUUCCGCUAUGGAAACCUGCCUUGUACAAAAAAUCUCGUUCGGUGAUUCGUGAUGCCAAUUCUGCGUUGCAUUCGAUACCAUCAUCAGAAUUGUACUUGUAUCCAGGAAAUAUAGUUUGGGCGAUCUUAUUUGGAUGGUGGUUGGCGCUAAUUUCGUACAUCUUGUCAAUCUUUCUACUUCUGACACCAUCGGGCGGUUGGCAAUAUUCCCGAGUGUUGCGAGAAUUGAGUUAUUACAUAUUUUGGCCUUUCGGCAAAUAUGUAGAACGAAUGGAGGAUGACUGGGAUGGAGAAGACGAAGAGCAAGGUGAAUUACAUGUUGGUGAUCAUGAUCUUCACAUUGAUGAGGAUCGCCCGUUAUUGGGACGGCGAACGAGUUAUGGAAAUGUCCGAAGAAUGAAGAGAGAAAACCAUGAUUUGUUCUGCGGGUUGAGCGAAAUAGGACCAGCUGGAUUUGUCUUUUAUUUCUGGUUCUUCCUGGUUAUAG